AUGGGUCAAGAUCAAAGUAUGUUUUCAAAAUUGCCGUUUAACUCGUUCGAGAUGUUGGCGAUGACAUGGACCCAGUUUGUUCAGCUUAUCAUAGAUCUUAAUAAGAGGUGUGCGGAACUUGCUGAUGCUAGAGGAAGACGUGUGUUGUUUGCAAUCAAGAAAGGCAGUGCAGAUACUUUUUUAUGGAAAUUAACCGUACGGAUUUGCUCAUUAAAAAAUAAUGCAAAAUCAGCGGAUUCCUAUCGCGUGUUCACAUUUGGGCAGUUUCUCAAUCUUCGGAAGUCAUUGAAUUAUUUGCUGGAAGAUGCGGCUCUAGAAACGUGCGAAGUACUUUUUCGAGAACAUUCUCCUGAUUCACAUCACCAAAGAAUCUGCAAUUCAGGCACAUGUAUAAUUUGUAUGGAACGCACACCAGAUGUAAUCCUACCAUGUGUGCAUGCUUACUGCUCACUGUGCAUUGAGCAGUGGAAAGCAAUAGAGAAAGACUGGUGCCCUCUUUGUCGUCAUCCUUUACAACUUGAUGGAAGUGAUACUUGGGUGGUUCCGGAUCAUAUCAAUAAGGAGGAAUUACGACAUUAUUUAAUGUCUCUUACGGAAUCUCGGUAA